AUGGAACAAUAUGAUGGUGAUGAGAUGGAAAAUGUCAUACCUCCAGAACAGCUUGAAAUUUGGGAUAUGCACCAUGUUUUGGUUACCUAUGAUGAAGUUUACUUUUAUGCUAAUGAUGACAAUUUAUCCUUUUGGGUAGAAGAUAAAGAGUCUAUUAUCAAGAAAAAAGGCCAAGGGUUAGCAAUUAUAGUUAGUGACUUCUUGUGUAAAAGUGAAAAUAUGGUUAAACAGCUUCAUGAAAAGGCAAUUUCGAUUUUUAAUGCUCUCUACUCAGGAUGUGUAUUCUGCUUUGAUCAGAGUACUAACCAUAAUGCAUACGCACUUGAUGCGCUUGUGUGUUCCAGAAUGACUAUGCAUCCAAAAGUUGAAGAUAAAUUUAAGUUUAAAGAUGGGUGGUUCAUUCGUAAUUAUGAAAAAAUCACACAAUCUGUUUUUUUAGAUGAAGAUGAUAGUAUCGUAAAGUUUAAAGAGAUUAAAAAGAUUCUGGAAGAACGGAAGAUGUGGACCGGUCAGAGAUUGGAUUGUAAAAGAAAGGAGGAUAACGAAAAGG